CUCUGGUGUUCAGGACACAGACCACAGUAACAUUGUGAGAGAAACAAGAAAACUGAUCCUGAACACCAUGAAGAAGCUUUUUCUCCUAAUUCUAUUAUGCCGUGUCUAUCUUACUUAUCAGGGAAAACUCAUGGGGGAAGAACAGGAUGUUAUCCCAGAGAAACAUGCUCCAGAAGACAUCAGAAGUGAAAACCUGCCAGCUGUGAAGGCUACCGGUAUGGUAUCAGAAAGGAUAAUGGCAUGUAGGAAUAAAUCAUUCACCUAUAGUUCUUGUGAAAAAGUUUUCUGCCUCCCAUGGCAAAAGUGUAUUGAAGGAACAUGUAUAUGCAAACUACCUUACCAGUGUCCAAAGUCUGAUGGUACAGUCUGUUCUACAUCAGGGAGGAAAUUCCAGAGUUACUGCCAGCUUAAAAGUUUCGCAUGCACCCGCCCAGGUAUAAAGUUCUUACACAGGGGAGAGUGCAGAUCAGAAACAUUUAGUGUGUCCUUGGAAGAAAAUGACACUGGUUCAGCAGUAAAUGGCACUGUCAAAGUGAAAUUGCCAGGCAAUGAAAACUUUUUACCUGUAUGUCAAAGUGGCCUAAAAAUAACAGAAGCAAAUGUAAUUUGCAGAGAGCGAGGACAUGUAAAAGGUGCCAAAAAUGUAUAUCAGGUUGAAGGCAGUGAAGAACAAUCUACCUGUCUUACUGUGAAGUGCAGAGGAAUAGAGACCAGCCUAAGUGAAUGUGGUUUUAAACAGUUUAAUUCAAAACAUAAGAAUGUCACUGCAAUCGAGUGCUACACCAAAGAUAAAGUUUGUACAGAUAAGGAGUUCCAGUGUGUGAAUAAGAAGUGCAUACCUGCACAAAAACUAUGUAAUGGUGUCGACAACUGUGGGGAUCUUAGCGAUGAGCUAUGCUGUGAAGUAUGUACUAGUAACUCUUUCCACUGCAAAUCGGAUACUUGCAUUCCGAAUGCAUACAGAUGUAAUGGUGAGAAGGACUGUGUCACAGGGGAGGAUGAAGUACAAUGUGAUGACCGUAAAGUGUCUCGUCCUGUUACAAAUCAAAAAGUGUCUCGUCCUGCGACAGUUGCAGAAGUCCCAGAAGUAACUAGCCUGGGAGGCGGUACAGAUACAGAUGUCUCAGAAGUCACCAACGUAGGAAUAUCAGCUAAAGAUGCAGGAGCUAAAGGUCUUGAAAUCAUAUCUAUGGAUACAGAAAGAAUUGCUGCACUGCGUAAUCUUACAACAGUUCAGUGUGGACUCUUCAAUAAUGCCACACCUACAAGAAGAAAAAGACUGUAUGGAGGUGAUGAGGCUUCAGAGGGGCAGUUCCCUUGGCAAGUGGCCAUUGAUGAAGAAGGAGAAGUAAAUUGUGGUGGAGUCUACAUUGGUGGAUGUUGGAUUCUUACUGCUGCUCACUGUGUAAGGCCUAAUAAACAAAAUCUGUAUCGCAUAAAAGUGGGUUUGUAUAACCGAAGAAUCCAUAACCUGCAGGCAGAUUCCAUUCCUGUUGAAGAAGUUAUAGUGCAUGAGAACUAUAAGGCACUGACAUAUCAGAAUGAUAUUGCAUUGCUUCGAAUAAAGAAUAUCUACAAAGUAGAUGAGUGCAUCCCGCGGAGCAAAUUUGUGUCACCUGCCUGUGUGCCAUGGUCUAAUUAUCUGUUUAAGGCCGGUGAUAGAUGUCAGAUUUCUGGCUGGGGAAGAAAAGAAGAUUCAUCAAGAGUAUAUAUUCUUCGAUGGGGAUAUAUUCAUAUAAUGCCAAACUGCACUAACAUCUAUGGGAGCCGCUUUUAUGAUGGAAUGGAAUGUGCAGGUACCUAUGAUGGAAAAAUUGAUUCCUGCAAAGGUGAUUCUGGAGGGCCGAUGGUAUGCUACACUCCUGAUGGGGCAGCCUAUGUCUGGGGCCUUGUAAGCUGGGGGGAGCAGUGUGGACUUGCUGGAUAUCCAGGUGUUUACACAAAAGUCGCAUAUUAUUUUGACUGGAUAAGUCGUCAUGUUGGAAGGAAUACCAUAAGCAAAUAUAAUGUGUAAACUUCUAACAAUGAUGCAUGAAAAGCUUGAAAUAAAAGUUUUAACAGUUUUGUGA